AUGUUUUCAAUAGAAGUGAUGUGGACGGCUUCGCUUAAAAGUGUGGCCAACGAUAACUCAUCGCCUGAAAUACACCAGAAGACCGGCCAUAAGGGUCACCCAUCCCUUCGCAAAGCUUUAGCUUACUUUUACUCUAUUCUUAUGAAUCGCACGAUUGAUGUGAAUAAAGAGAUUCUGGUGACGGCCGGUGCCUUACAUGGCAUACAUAUAACGGCCAAAUCAUAUCUAAAUCCUGGCGACGAAAUGUUUACCAAAGAGGAACUGCUAUUUAUCGGACAGUUGUGUGAGAAGUAUGACGUGCUUAUAAUGAGCGACGAAGUGUCACAAUUUCAUUACUACGAGGGUCACCAUCACACCAGAAUCGGUGACAUUUACAUGAAUUAUGCAGAUAUUCUCAUUGACUCUAACGGUGAACAGUGGGGUAAACUGUUUGUGAACAACGGCUGGAGAAUUGGAUGGGUUAUAGGACCCGACCACCUCUUAUGGCCCUUAAGAGUAUCAUUGAUUACAUCGAUAGUAGCGGUGCCGACGCCCACACAAAUGGCAUUUGCAAUUGGAUUAGAGAUUGAGAACCAAAGGCUCAAUACUAACCAAUCGUUUUAUAAUUGGCUUAAAAAUGAUACACUUUUUAAGAGAAACAGAUUCUUAAAGAUAUUGAAUGGCACGGGAAUUGAUGUGAUUAAACCAAACUCCGGGUACUUUAUUGUCGCCGUUUAUUAA